AUGGCCGCGCGGGCAGCUGCGCCCCGAUGGGAGGCGUCCGGCCCUCCCUUGCCGCCUUCCCUCGCCCUCUUCCGGUGCUGGGGGGAGGAGGCGGCGGCGAGCAGCACGGGCCUGGUGGGCACGGCACACCUGACGCCGGUGACAGCCCUCCAUUUCACUCCGACGUCGUCAUCGUCGCCGUCGCCGCUCCUGCUGCUGAGCGGGGACGAGGCCGGGGACCUGUGCCUGUGGCACCUCCCGCCCUCCGUGGCCGCCCGCCCGCACCACUCCUCCACCUCCGAUGCAUCGGAGCGGAGGACUGCUGCCGGCCUCUCGUCGUCGUUGUCGUGGCAGCCGCUGGAGCCUCGCGCCACCGUUUCGGAAGCCCACCGCUCCACCAUCAACCAGGUGAGCUGCAGCGCGGGGCAGCCCGGCAUGGCCGUCACGUGCUCCGAUGACCGGGUGCUGCGCCAGUGGGACCUCACCCGCCUCUCCGCGUCAUCGUCGUCGUCGUCGGCCGUGCGGGAGUACUGCGGGCACGGCAGCUUCGUCAACGCGUGCGACCUCGACCCGACCGCCCAGUUCCUGGCCUCCGUACUAUUUGCCUUCCCCUUCGACGGGCCCGUCGAGACAGGCAGUGGUGGCCAAGCGGUCGUGAGCUUCGAUGGGACCCUGCGGCUGUGGCACCAGGAGGUACGCGAGGCGGUGUUCCAGCUGCGCACGGGCCAGGGCGCCACCUCCGUCCGCUUCCACCCGGACGACUUCCGCUACCUCUUCACCGCGGGCCCCGGGGGCGUGCACCUGUGGGACAUCCGCAGCCACCACACCUACGUCACCAUGCUACACUCGUCCCGGGACUCCAACGACGUGGCCAUGGAGUGGGCGCACAUGUGGGAAGAUAAGCCGCCCCCGCCUGUACCCCAGGCCUUGGCGCCUCCUACGGCGGCAUUCGCGGAACCCGACAUCCCGCUACUCACCUAUGCCGCCGCGACGCCGGCCGGGGUGAAGCGUGCGUUCGACCGGUUCAGCAAGCGGUGGGUGCUGCCCUUCCGGGGCCACCACCCGCGCUCCUCGGUCUACUCGGCGGCGGUGACGCGGGACGGCCGCCACCUGAUCACCUCGGCCACAGACGGCACCCACAAGCUGUGGGACGUGCCCUCCGGCCGCGGCCUGGCCACCAUGGACGGACACAGCCCCGCCCACGCCACCCGCCCUGCCCUCUCGAGUGAUGACCGGUGGCUGCUGUGUGGCUCGCGCGAGGGGCACCUGCUGGUGUGGCGCGUCUUCGGCCCCAACGAGCCAUCUGUCGACCCCGAAUGCGACCACGGCGACGAGCAGCAACAGCAGACCGCAGGCGCUCAGGGCGGCAACUGGGAGCGGCGGGUGGAGAAGCGGCACGCCUACCCCAUCACCGCCCUCGCCCUUCCCGACGACGACACGAUGGUGGCAACGGCAGACGAGAGCGGCACCAUCCGGAUCACGUCGGCCUACCGAUAG